UCAGAAACGAUUGGAAUCGAAGAUCGCGAAAGUCCGACGAUUGUCGACGACGAAUUUAAAAACGCAAUGGAAAAUCCAGAGAAAGACGAGUCGAUGAAAGUAUUAAAGAAUGACAAGAUCGACGUAAAUGAAGAAAAUCGCGUCGAAACGAACGAACCGAAAACCUACGAGGUAAAGGCGAUUACUAAUUUAACUGAAAGUGAAUCUAAUAAAAAAAUGUCGACGAACGAAAGCGAGAACGAUAGUGAUUCGGAAGAAUAUACAUUGGUUUUCUACGACAGUGGAUCGGACGUUCAAACGGUCAUCAAUCAAGAAGGAAUCAUCGAGGAUACGUCGAGUUCUUUCUCGGCACGUGAAAAUGCUGAUGAUCGAAGAAAAAUGAUCUCGGACGGAGCAAGGAUCGUCGAGAUAAAUGAUUCCACGAAUGAUCUUAUCGUGGAGAGCGAGGUUUCUAACGGCGUACUUUUACAAGAAAAUGACUCGAACGUAUUUAAUCGUCGAGAAAGUUUUGAGAAUCGUUCGAACGAACAUGUAAAAGACGACAGUUGUGCCAGCAUAGAUUUCGAGGAAUUAGAAAAAUCUUUAGCCGUUCUACAGGUCAACGACGAAAGAACGUCGAUAGAUUUUUCGAUUGAUUCGGAGUUGGAUAAAAUAGUUAUGGAGGAAGAGGAACAGGAAGAGGAAGAGGAACAGGAAGAGGAAAAGGAAGAGGAAGAAGACAAUUUGAAAAGACAAAACGAGCUCGUAGAAGUUGGAAAACGAUUAGACAAACUGGCCUCGAUACUUUUUGAAAAUUCUAACGAAUUACGUCUCGAAAGUUUCGAAGAUAUGCUGUACUACCUCAACCCGGAAGACGCUAUAAACAUAAUGAAUAUGGAAGGGAAAGGUUCUUCCGGUAGCGAUAAGUUCAUGGAAAAGAUCGAAAAAGAUUUCUGUUCGGAUUUAUCGAUGGAACGUCUCGACGAAGAAAACACGAAGAACGAACAGGAAGAAUUGUUCGAGUAUUUCGACGCUUUGGACAUAAACGAAUCUACCGUCGACGAAAGACACUUUAAAACGGAAGAAAAACCUAUUGAAUUAAGCAAUGAAAAUCUUGGAGUAGACAUGACCGAAAUUCAUGCUAAAACUUUGGCUAAACUUUUGGAUUCUACUCAUUACAAAUCCGAGCUAGAGGUAAAUGAAAUUUUGAAAAAAAUCAAUGAACAAAAGAUGAAGAUAGAGGAUUUGAAAAACGAGUCCUUGAAAGAUUUGGCCAUAGAAUUUAGUCAUUUCGAAGAAUUGUUGGACGAGCAAAAAGCGAUUGCCGAAAUUGAAGACUACGAAUUUAUCGACGAAAGUUCGAAAUUGGACGAGGACGAAUUAGAAGAGAAUAUCGUCGAAAAUCAAAGAUCGAUAUCGCCGUUCAUCGAGAUGCCUUUGACGAAAAACGAAGUUACAGAAAAUUACAGGAUAAAAGUGAUGGAGAAAGAUUUUAAAGAUAGGAUGAUAGACCUGAAAAACAGGCUGCCCGAAACUUUGGAGAUUGUAAAUGAAGGGGAUAGUGUAUCGCAUAACAUGAAUCUUGAAACUGAAAAGGUAGAUGAAAAAAUCGUUUUGGAAAGUGUUCCGACCGAAAUUGUGAACGAAUCUGAGAAUGAGGAAGACGAAAAAUCGUUGAUCGAAUUUAUUAAUGAAAAUUUGAUUGGCGACAUUAUCGAGUGUAAACUCGAUUCUAUGAUCAACGAGAGAGCUUCUAUGGACGUUUCGAGUGAUACAUCGAAAUCGAACGUCGAUCUUCCCGAUAACGAUACCACCUUAAUAAUUAAAAAGGAAGAGACUAGCUACGAUGACGACGAAAAUCAUGAAAUUGGUUUAGAAAAAGGAAUGACUAUGGAUCGUGAAAAUGAAAAAGAAUUAAUAGAUGCAAAUCAAAAUGAGACCGAUAACAACGAUGAGAUUACAACGACAAGCGUAACAUGUAAUCCAGAAUCGGAGGAUACUGUUCAAGUGGAAAUCAUCGAUGCUGUAUCAUCGUCGAAUGAAAAUUCACAAGGUCCAACGGACGAUAACAACAUCGAAAAAGUCGAUUCCAACGAAUCACUAUUCGCCUAUUUAACGGAAAAAGAGAACAGGCCGUACAUCAAAGGCAAAGUUUAUGAUUACGAUGAAAAAAAGCAUGGCGUAAGAAUGACGGAGCAGUUUAUCAAGAAACAUUGUAGAGAAAACAAGCUUUAUCAGACUCCUUGGUUGAACGAUGUCCUAUAUCUACAUUACAAAGGCUUCUCGUUUAUCGAAAAUCUGGAAAAGUAUACGGGUUUGAAGACACUUUGGUUGGAGAACAACGGAAUUCGUGAGAUUGCGAAUCUGGAGAAUCAAAGCGAAUUGAGAUGUCUGUAUCUUCAUCACAAUAUAAUCAACAAAAUCGAAAAUUUGGAAUGCUUGAUAAAGUUGGACACUUUAAACUUGGCCCAUAACAUGAUUAGAAAGAUCGAGAAUCUUGACAGUCUGAAGUUCUUGAAUACGUUGAAUUUGUCUUAUAAUUAUCUACAAAGUACUACCGACAUCGAGCAUCUCCGAUUACUGGAGUAUCUAUCGAUUUUAGAUUUGUCUCACAAUCGAAUAGAUACUUUCGAUAUCGUCGACAUUCUCGGUGAUAUGAAAUCUAUAAGAGUAAUUACUUUAACCGGUAAUCCGGUCUUAAAGAAUAUCAAAAUGUAUCGCAAGACGAUGAUUUUAAAGUGUAAGAAUCUUCAUUAUCUGGACGACAGGCCGGUAUUUCCACGAGAUCGUGCUUGUGCAGAAGCAUGGAUGCGAGGUGGUCCAGAAGAAGAGGCAGCCGAAAGACGACGAUGGAUUGAAGCAGAACAGAAAAGGAUCAACGACAGUGUUAUGGAGUUGAUAAACAAAAGAAAGCUUCGCAAACCGGUCGGUAGGCCCGAAAGGGAAGCGGAGGAAACUAAUAAGAAGAAAACGAACCAACAGGACGACGAAGAAGUCGACAGGGAGAAGUCGCCGAUGCGUACGAGCAAGGAACUGCUUAAGCUGGAAGGGAAGAAAAAGUUGAGCGUCUCAUCAUCCUCGUCCUCGUCUUCGUCUUCGUCUUCGUCUUCGUCGUCCUCAUCUUCCCCCACUUAUUCCGAUGCCGAGCUGGAAAACGACGAAGAAAAUAAAAACGGCCGACAAAAAGUAAUCGAGGAAAGUGACGGAAACAGGCCAUUGGCGGAGGAAGAGAAAAAUGCACAACGUAAUCUCCUCGUACCCUGGAAAACUACUCGAAUCAUCAAUAACGAUCAGGAUCGAGAAGUGAAUCGUGAGGAAGAAGAAACUUUACGAUCGAAGGAUUACGUUGCUGGUGAUGCUGAGAAAAAGAGUUUAGGCAUACAAAUUUUGAAUGAACGUAAAAGUCUCGAGGAUCCUUUAGGUGGCUACGCUUUAAAUAGAGAGGUCACGGAUUACGCGAAAAUUAUUCUGAAAACAACGGUGGAUAAAGCGACCGAGCAACGGCCUUGUAUAUCCGACAAAAAGGAACCUACACUCGAUAAUGAAAAUGAAAAUAUUCAAGACGCGUUACCUGCUGCUUCUAAAGCAUCCUAUGAUACUUCGAAAUAUACCAAUAUAGAAAGUUAUCAAAGGAAAAAUGAUAAGAAUCCAUUAACAGCCAAACUAAGCAGCAUUCGUCAAGGUAUGAAAGAUUUUUGCACUAACGUCGAUAAAUUCGUCGAGGAAAACAAUAUCGUAUUUAAGAACGGAAACAUCGAAAGUUUCUGGAAAAACGAUAGUAUUAAUAAAAACAUCGAUAAUCCUUCCGAAAGUAUACAUCACGAUGAUAAAGAGAAUGAUUCCAAUCAAGAAAUAAUCGAACGAUUGAGUAACAAAGAAAAUAAUACGAAAGUGAAAGAGAUAUUAUCAGAAGAAUUAAUUAACGAAGAAGACGAUCGAAAUAUUGUUAAAUUAACUAUCGACGAUGAUCGUGAUAAUGAAAAUAAAAAUGAUAAUAAAAACGAUAAUAAAAAUGUUUCGUCAGGAUCCGAGAGCGUAUAUGACUUAUUGACUCUAAAAGCUUGUCCUAAAAUCCUCUUAAACGAUACAGUAAGAUCGUCCAACGAAACGUUGAUCGAGGAUGAUAACGAAAUUUAUUCCAAGAAAUCGAUCUCUUCGGAAAAUGAUAAAACUCUUUCGAUCGAAGAAAAAAAUUCCUUAGAAAAAUCCAACGUUUCCAUAACCGAUAAAUGUAAGGAACACUUGUUAAAACAAGUUAAGACGUUUACUCAAAAGGAAUCACCGUUGCUCAAGAAAUGUAUUAAGAAAUUAAUUAACGAUACCGAACACGAUGAUAAUAAUAUUAAAAAACGAUGGAAUUCUUGGUACAACGAUUCCCUUUCUAAUCCAAGAUCGGUUUUCACUGAAGCUUUCGAGAAUUCUUAUAAAACAAGAUCUCCGACUGAUCAAAAUAUUGGCUUGAACGUUGACACGAGUAUACGAUCGCAUUAUAGAGACGUUUCCGGUGAUAUUCCAAAAUCCGAUCUCUGUGCUAUCGCCGAUCUUGUGAAAAAAUCCGACGAAGAAAGAAAGACGUACGACCACGCUGAUCUCUACAAAGAAUUUUGCGAAUGCUUCGAGGAAUUGCAAAGUAAACAAAAGUACGCCAUUAUACCGGAUUUUCUAAAGAAUAAAAAGGAUGAUAAUAAACUCGUUCGAUCUAACGAUCGAAUUGGUGAAAACUCGAAUGAUAAAAGGGCACUAAUCGAAGAUAUUACGGAAACGUCGACGAAUUUAUCCAAGCUCGAGGAUGAAAAGAAUUUAGAAAAAAUGUGAACAAUUUUUACGAAUGAAUUCGCGUUUCUUUUUCUUUUUUCUUUGUUUUGCUCCUUUUUUGUUUUAAUCAACUAAUUCGCUUAUAGUUUAGUUUGUAUGAUCAUUGUUUUGAAACA